AUGCAUCAUUAUCUAUCCUCAUCUAUCUAUCUCACAUUUCACCUCUCUCUAUACCGCUAUCUCUGUCUGUUUCAUUUCUAUCAUCUAUCUAUCUAUCUAUCUAUCUAUCUAUCUAUCUAUCUAUCUAUCUAUUUAUCUCAAUCUGCACAUUAUCUUCCGUCUGUCACAUUAUGUAUCUAUCUCAUGCACUAUCUAUCUAUCUAUCUAUCUAUCUAUCUAUCUAUCUAUCUAUCUCAUUCUGAACAUUAUCUAUCUAUCUAUCUAUCUCUGAAUAUUAUCUAUCUAUCUAUGUAUCUCAGUCUGCACAUUCUCUAUCUCAGUCUGCACAUUAUCUAUCUAUCUAUCUAUCUAUCUAUCUAUCUAUCUAUCUAUCUAUCUCAAUCUACACAUUAUCUACCUCGGUCCGCACAUUAUGUAUCUAUCUGUCUCAUCUAUCUAUCUAUCUAUCUAUCUAUCUAUCUAUCUAUCUAUCUGAAUCUAUCUAUCUAUCUAUCUAUCUAUCUAUCUAUCUAUCUAUCUAUCUAUCUAUCUCAUUCUGAACAUUAUCUAUCUGUCUAUCUAUCUAUCUAUCUAUCUAUCUAUCUCAAUCUGCGAUAUUAUCUAUUUCAGUCUGCACAGUGUCUAUCUAUAUCUAUCCAUCUCUCUGUCUUUCUAUCUAUGGUUUUAUUUCCUCUUUCGCCCUGUUGGAAAUCUGCCAGUUCCGAGCCCGAAAAGCCGAUGAGGUCCGGAAUAUGGCCAUGGAGGCGACUUUGCCAUCAUUGGAGAAGACGUUGUGUACUACAUGUCAGCCAACAAUGGACGGAAGAGAAUCGGUUUCCAGCUUGCGUGGACGGCGCACGCGGUCCUCGGCCCCGCGGCACCACAGAUAAUACGGAAGGAGACGUGUUGUCUGCUCUCGUCAAAAGAAGUACGGGGGCCGACAUGUUCUGUGUUGCGUGCAAUAGAAAUAUUUUAUAG